AUGCCACAAUUAGUGCCCUUUUUCUUCUUAAAUCAAUUAUUUUAUGGUUAUUUAAUCUUAUUCGCUAUCUUAGUUUUAUCUUCAUAUGUUAUUUUACCUUAUAUCCUAAAAUUACGUAUUGCUAGAAUUAUUAUAGCUAAAUUUUAA